AUGCCAACUGAUUACGCCGCUGUCCGUUCCGCCAUUGCCGACCUUGUCAACGAGAAGAAGUGUGGACCCAUCCUCAUUCGAUUGGCUUGGCACGAUGCUGGUACCUUCUGCAAGAACACCAAGACUGGAGGACCACGCGGCUGCAUGCGUUUCACUGGAGAUAAGUCCGAGGCCGCUUUUGGUGCCAACGCCGGACUUGCUGUAGCACGUGAUUUGCUUGAGAUGAUCAAGAAUGGACCAGCUAAGGAUAUGACCUAUGCUGAUUUCUGGGCCUUGGCUUCUAUCGUUGCUGUCAAGGAAAUGGGAGGACCUGAUGUGCCAUUCCGUGUUGGUCGCAAGGACGCCAAAGAAGUCGGCGAAUCCGUCGAAGAGGGACGCCACCCUGAUGCUGACAAGGAAAGCGAUCACUUGCGCGCUGUCUUUGGCCGCAUGGGAUUCAACGAUCAAGACAUUGUUAUCCUUAGUGGGGCCCACACUGUUGGAAAGUGCCACGCUGACCGCUCUGGAUUCGAAGGACCAUGGACCGCCGAUCCUUACAAGUUCGACAAUGCUUACUUCGUUGACCUAUUGAACAAAGAAUGGAAGGAAUCCAAGGCCAGUACUGGAAACCCACAAUUCGCGGGCAGUGAUGGUACCAUGAUGUUGAUUUCCGACAUGGCUUUGUUGAAGGACGAGAAGUUCCGCCCUUUUGUUGAGAAGUACGCCAAGGACGAGAAGGCCUUCUUUGAUGACUUUGCUGUCACUUACCAAAAGUUGAUCGAAUUGGGAUGCACCGAUCUCACAGCUGCUGCCUAA